ACACCUUCCGCGGUAUCAUGUGUAUUGAAACAGCGCCACCUUCAACUAAGUUAACUUAGUUGAAGGUGGCGCUGAUUGAAACAACUUGUGAAACAAUGACACCCUGACACUUUGGAAAAUGGCGGAAAGUUAAGUCCCAAGUUUCGUGAGCGCCGCUCCGCGUUCCGCCGUCGAGUUGGAUUGGAUAUUGGAUGGCACGGUGACACAUGGGUGACACUGUGCGAUUUUACUAUUCCGACCGUUCGAGUCAUUCCAAGAUUAGUUGUUAGUAGAUUGUAGAUUGAUAGGUUGCCUCGUAACGUAACUGCUUGAGAGGAGUGACACAAGAGGGACUUUGUUUCCGUGGUGACUUUGAAUAAUUCCCCUAUUCCUCGCCGAAGUCACCGUUUUUGAUUCCCAGAAUACCUAAACGUGCCAUACCCGCGUUUUAAUAAAUGUCAACGUCGGCACAUCGCACUGGAUCAGUGUGGCCACUGGCCACAGUAAGCCCAUUUUUUGUUUCGGCACCGUACCCGCGUACCGUACAUACUGUGUCAUAACACAAUAGUGUUGACACAUGUUUUGAUACACUAAGCACUGUGUGUGUCAUUGUAUCAACACGCGAAAAUUUGCAGUGUUACCCAUGGCUACCACACUGACACUGACCCACCACUGACCACGUGACCACAGACCACAGGUUUCGUGUUUGUGUUGUGAUGAUUUGUGGUCAUGGCACAGUGGCAAGUGUAUUUGAGAAAAUUAAAUUGGAAAUAUUAGCAAUUUGAUAUAUCUUAUCUACAGUCAACAUAAACGUAUUUGGAUUUCAAUCAGAAAUCAAAUUUCUGUGAAUCGGAUGGCGGGUCGGUGGAUCCAACGAUUUUUAAUAUUUUCUGGUUUUCAAAGCUAACGUGCAUUGUAAAUAAAGAUGAAUACGAACAGUGAACCUGGUCAAUGUAAUUUGGAUAGCAAAGAAAUAAAAGCCGUAGACCAAUCAUCACACAUUGAAGCAUUCCAUCAAAACACUGGGAAAACACCAAUAGGGUUGAUUGAACAGAUUCUGUUGAAGAAUGAAAUUGAUAAUUCUGAAACCCUGAAUGGUAUAAACAGUAUAAAAAGUGAGCCGAACGAAUUUGACUGGGUUGAAUAUGCUGUGAGUGAUAAGGGAAAAAUGACGACAGGCCGCUGUGCAGUUGAGCGAGAACUGAGCAUCAAAAAUGAGGGCAAUGAAAUUAUACAUCCACUUGAAGCAGUUUCAUUUAAAAUGAAAGCUGAAUCUAGCGAAGGAGAUAAUUUUGAUGAACAUAGGGCAAGUAAUCAAGAGUUCAUGAUUAAUCCUAGUAAGGUAAAAUCAGAAAUUGAUAUGGAUAGUGAAGCCUUCAAGAUUUCAAAAAUUACUGAAGAAUUCACUAUUAAGGGUAAUAGUGAAACUAGUAUGGAUGCAUCUUCGGAUGUAGUAAAUAGAACGUCAAAAAUUAAAUUGCCCAGGAAGCAAGCUAUGUAUGAGAAAACUGACUUAAAAUCGAUCAGUUGUUUUAGUUGUAGCUACACUACUUAUCGCAAAUGUCAUUUAAUCCGCCACAUGAAAUUGCAUGAUAGAAAGAGUGCACCUUCUUCCAGGCCUAGUUUGGAUAUUCAUUCAUGUUCAGAGUGUUAUGCAGUAUUUACAAGUGAAAAAAUAUUGGAUGAUCAUGUGAACCAAAAACAUUUAUCAACAGCAUCUUCAGUUACCAUUACAACAUAUAACUGUAUAAAAUGCAUUUAUACAACGACCCAGAAAUCCUUUUUCGAUAAACAUAUUUCAAGGCACAGGUCUGUAGUCAAAUGCAUUCACUGUAAUGCAAUACUGAGUUGUUCGUUAGCUUUAGAUGAUCAUAUAGUUAGGAAACAUCCAAAAUGUAUUAAAUCUGUGGCUAGGUUGAUAUACGAAUGUUCUCAGUGCACUUAUAAAACUGUUAAAAAAAAACGAUUUUGGUGCACACAUGUUAACCCAUUCUGAGAUUAGUUCAAAUCUUAAGCUCCAUAGAUGUGACCACUGUAACUUAACAUGCACUAAUACAAUAGGACUGGAUGAUCAUAUUUUUAGGAAACACCCUGAAUUUAUUAAAUCUGUUGAUAGAGAAAUAUAUGAACGUGGCCCAUCAGUUAGCAACACUUACAAUCAGAGUAAAUGCAUUCACUGUAACAUGAAAUUUACUCGCGCAGGAGCAUUGGAUGAUCAUAUUGUUAGAAAACAUCCAGACCUUAUUAAAUCAGUUGAUAGAAAAAUAUAUGAAUGUUCAUAUUGCACUUACAAAACUGUUAAAAAGAGUGACUGUGAUAGACACAUGGUAGCACAUGCUAAAACUAAUUCAAGCUAUAACCCCAAUACAUGCACACUCUGUGAUGCGGCAUUUAAAAGCAAAACGGCAUUAGAUGAUCAUAUAGUGAAAAAACAUCCUGAUUUCAUGUUACUGGUAACCAGCAAAUUACAUCAAUGCAUAGAAUGCAAUUAUAAAACUGUCCUGAAAUCUAAGUUCAACAGUCAUUUGAUGACGCAUUUUAAGAUGCAACCUGAAUUUUUGCAGUCAUUUGAUGGAAAAAUAUACGAAUGUAAACAGUGCACUUAUAAAACAGUUCAAAAGUGCGAACUUGAUAGACACAUGCUAACACAUCCUGAGGCAGUUAGUAAACAGUCAUCGGGAGAUCAUGUACAUAGUCGUGCCAUAAGUUCUGUCCCAUGAUAAUCUCAUGAUAAAAAUGAAACAAGAUAAGAUAUAUUUAUAUGAAAGAUAUUAUUUAUUCGACAACAUUUUUAGAAUUCAUAAUCAAACAGUUUUAUUCAAAAUGUCCCCCCUUGGCCUUCACACACUGCUUCAAUCUCGCAGGCCACUCAUCUAUCACUGCACGCACAGCUUCCAAAGGAAUAGCUGCCGCUGAUCGGAUCAAAUCCGCAUUCAGGGACUCGAUAUUACGGUGGGCUUUGGAGCAGGCCAACUGCUCUAGCAGGUCCCACAACUUGUAGUCUAAAGGAUUGAGGUCCGGACUCCCUGAGGGCCAAUCUUCCGCAGCAAUGAACUCUGGCACAUUGCUUUCCAGCCAGCGCUGCGUACUCUUAGCCUUGUGAGCGGGGGCGGAAUCCUGCUGGUAGACCCAGUGUUGGUUGGCAAACAAUGUACCACUUAAAGGCUUGACGAUAGGAUCCAGUAUGUCGCUCUGAUAGUUUGCCGCUUUUGUUUUCACGCCCUGUUUACAGAAAUGGAGCUGAGUGACCCCUUCGUAGGACACCCCCCACCAAACCAUGACUGACGCAGGGUGGUGGCCUCUCUCAACUCUCGGAGUGAUCUCCGAAGCUUCCUGUGAACUCCUUGCAUACACUUUGUCAUUUUGUCGGUUGAAUUUUUCUUCUAUGGUGAAGAUUUUCUCAUCCGUGAACAAAAUCUUUCGGAAUCCCCCAGCUGCGUACCUCUCCAAGAGCUUCUUGGAUCUUGUCGCCCUGAUGUGUCGCAAGGUGGCCGUAAGUCGCUGGCCCGUACGUCUCCGGUAAGCCCCUAGCCCUAGGUCUUGUUUAAUGAUGCGCGACAUCGUCCGGACAGGAAUCUUCAUUUCCCUGGAUAGGAUCUUCUGCUUCCGGAGUGGAUUCCUUUGAAUCCUGGCUUUUACGGCUUUGAUGGCUGCUGGAGUCCUUACUUGACGAGGUCUUCCGCUUCUUGGCCUGUCAUCAACAGAGGACGUCUCAUUGUACCGCUGAAUGGUCCUAGACAUAAAUUUACGCGAUAUUUGAAGGCCGCGUAAGAGUUCAAAAAUCUGACUAGCACUGUGAUUACACUUAUGUAAAGCUAUCACUGCAAUACGGUUCUCUGCCUUGCCCCACUCCAUCGUUAUGCUUCGAGAGAC